CCUCUUCAUCUCUCUCAUUCUCAGACUCCACAUCUUCUAUUUCACCUCCUACCUCCACCCAAAAGGGGAAAAAAUAGUUUCUUCAAUCUCUCAAAACUUGCUCUUUUUCAACCAAUUUCUUUGUCCUUCAAUUAAUUUUUCCCUUUUGAAGUCUACACAAACUUUUAUCUGAUGAAAAACUCGACUUGUAAUAAUAGCCAUGUCCAAUAUACCAACUUCUCUUUCUGAAAUUUGCCAUACCCUUUUCAGGUUAUUAACUAUGUCCAUAGCUGAUCCCUGGCCUUUUUCUUAAAAAGAGUACCCCACCAUAAAACAACUCCUUUCCUUACAAAUUUUUCUUUCUUAUAUUAUUUUUUUAAGCUUUUCCUAGUUAUACAGUAAUUAAGCAUGGGCAAGUUCCGUGGUUUUAUGCUCAAACACCGGGUCACCACACUUUUCCGAUGCAUGUUUCGGCGACGGCGUUCGACGGCGAGGUACCGCCGACUGGACCCAAUUCCAAGUUGGGGUACAAAAUCCAUUUCUAGGCUCUUGAGCUGGACCCAACGCCUUAAGACAAGAGCCAAGGCUAUAUGCAACAAAGCUCAUUGUUCCAGGUCGGGUCGGAGCUACAUGCAAAUCGGGCAAGACCCGAUUGAAAAGGAAGCUGUAACGGUGCCUAAAGGUCACUUGGCAGUUUAUGUGGGACAAAAAGAUGGUGAUUACAGAAGGGUUUUGGUUCCUGUAAUAUACAUAAAUCACCCUUUGUUUACUGAGUUGCUAAGAGAUGCUGAAGAAGAAUACGGGUUUAAUCACCCGGGUGGUAUCACAAUUCCUUGUCGGAUCUCGGAGUUUGAGCGUGUCCAGACCCGGAUCAAACAGGGUCGGGUCAGGUAACCCGGACAAUGUGAACAUGAAAGUGAUGAGCUGAAAGCGUGAAACAGUGGCAUUUGGAUUACUACGAUGAUGACGAUAAUUAUUCAGAGACAGUUGAGAGUUGUUUUAAGCAUUUUUGUAGUUUUUGUUAAUUACACCUUUUUUUUUUUUUUUUUUUUUUUUUUUUUUUUUUUUUUUGUCUUUUUUAAAUUUCGGAGGUUUCACUUCUGAUGUAAGAGUAGUUUAUUGAUGUACAGUAUAGAGGAAACUUCCGAUCUCUUUCCAGUAUAUUUUGCUUUUCUUGGCCUUUUUUGGUGUGUGUGCAAAUAGUACCAUUUUUUUGGUAGGCGUUCAGUUGCUAA